CUCCCUCCGCCCCAAGUCCUUCACGGUCCCGGGCUCCACACGCUGGCCGGUAGAGAGCCCUUUCUCCUAGCCACGACUGGCUCCCAUCAAACCCCACUCGCUCCUAGAGCCUCCCACUCGCCUCCCCAGGCCCCGCCCCGGCCGCUCUAGCCUCCGCUCCUCUCGCUGGUGGCCGCGCCAGGCCGCACUCGUCCGGGCUGCCGAAGACGACGACGGCUGUGAGCAAUUCUGGUGUUGGGGUGGCGGCCGCUGGCAGGCCUGCGCCGUCACUCCUCCGGACCUGGCGUCGAGGACUGCGCCUCCUUAUUGCUGAGACUCAGAGGGCUCCGUGAGGUUGAAGGUCCCCUUCGUGUCUCCUCAAACUCACUACUGCGCGAGGUGCCAUGGCCCCCAAGCCGAGGGGUGAGUGGAGCACUGUCCUGUCCCACCUUGCUCUUGGCGUGGUGUCUCUGCAUGCAGCUGUGAGCUCUGUGCAGUGUACUAAUGGUCACUUGAUGUGCGCUGGCUGUUUUAUCCACCUACUAGCAGAUGCCCGGCUGAAGGAGGAGCAGGCCACGUGCCCCAACUGUCGUUGUGAGAUCAGUAAGAGCCUCUGCUGCCGGAACCUGGCCGUGGAGAAAGCCGUGAGCGAGCUGCCCUCAGAGUGUGGCUUUUGCCUACGCCAGUUUCCCCGCUCCCUCCUGGAGAGGCACCAAAAAGAGGAAUGCCAGGACAGGGUGACUCAGUGCAAGUACAAGCGCAUCGGCUGUCCAUGGCAUGGCCCCUUCCAUGAGCUGACAGUGCACGAGGCUGCGUGUGCCCAUCCAACCAAGACGGGCAACGAGCUGAUGGAGAUACUAGAUGAGAUGGACCAGAGCCACCGCAAGGAAAUGCAGCUCUACAACAGUAUCUUUAGCCUGCUCAGCUUUGAGAAAAUCGGCUACACAGAAGUCCAGUUCCGGCCAUACCGCACAGACGACUUUAUCACACGCCUCUACUAUGAGACACCACGGUUCACAGUGCUGAACCAGACAUGGGUCCUGAAGGCUCGUGUGAAUGACUCAGAGCGCAACCCCAACCUGUCGUGCAAGCGUACACUUUCCUUCCAGCUCCUCCUCAAGAGUAAAGUCACAGCGCCCCUGGAAUGCUCCUUCCUGCUGCUCAAGGGCCCAUACGAUGACGUGAGGAUCAGUCCCGUUAUCUACCACUUCGUCUUCACCAAUGAGAGCAAUGAGACGGACUAUGUGCCCCUGCCCAUCAUCGACUCUGUGGAGUGCAACAAGCUGCUGGCUGCCAAGAACAUCAACCUGCGGCUCUUCCUAUUCCAGAUACAGAAGUAGGACGGACCCAAGACUCCUGAGGAGCAGAGGGCCGUGGCCUGGCACCACUUUCCUCUUCACCCCUGGCUUGGCAGUGGCUUCACACAACUAUCUGAUCAUUUUAGCGAAGGAGGAGAACAAGCAAAAUCAAACACUGGGAAAGUCUGCAUGUGUGUGUGAUGCAGUCCCCACCUCCAGCUCCCCCCUCACCCCUGCCACCCCCUCUCCAGGGCAGCUGGAGGCUGGGCUGACCUCAGAGGAGACCGUGCUCUGGGCUCCUCAGGCUCAGGACCAGCAGCAUGGAGGGUGAGAAGCCUGCGGCCCCUUCCAAUCGCAUCCUCAGCUUGGUCGCACUUCUUGCCCUGGUUCCUGGCUGGGCUCAGGGGCCCUCGUUGACUGCAGACGGCAUAUUUGAUUGUGAUUAAAAAGGCAGCCUUGUUUCCUACUUGAUGUUUUGUUGGAGGGGAAGGCAUGGCUGUGAAUGGACGCCGUGGGAGCUUUGUUUUGGCCUGGGGGUCAGGGGCCACCAUGUCUCUGUUACUGCACCCGUGCAUGCCCCCCAGGAGAGACUUGGAGACAUUGCCUCCCCUUCAGCCUGUCACAAGGUUCUUAGGACAGGCCUAGGCAGAGAGAGCCAGGAAGGGUUGAGGCUCACCCAGCCACCCAGCCGCUCCCAGGGAGACAGGUCUCUGCCACCAGGGCUCAGCAAAAUGUUUUCGGAAUGCAGGGUGAAAUUCUCUUCCCAGGAAAAAAAAUUAAACUCUUCACAGGCUCUUCUAUAAUUGAUGCAAUUUCAAUGAGAGAGAAUCCAUUCACUCUACUCAGCCUGGAGGGUACAGUAUCCUGAGGAUAUAGAGGAGCAGUCACAGGCUAUGCCAGCUUGGUAGUGCAAGGUCUGCUGUCAGAGACUGCUGGCCACAGUGUGGUUUCCUGACUGAAAGGUGGGCCCACCCUACCUUGACUUGCAGUCCUCUGAUGUUCUGAGCGAUGGUUCUUGGGGCUCAGAGGGUGGCAAGCAGCCCUGCAUGGAGGAGAUGGGUUCUGGUCUGUUCUUCCCUGGGACCCUCAGAGGUACGAGGAAGGGUGGUACUUAAUUAGGAGAUGGGCUCGUCUGUGAUAGUUUUUUGUUGCUUUAAUACCAAAGAACUGGUUUCCUCUGCCCUGGCAAAGUCUGCCACAUGCCUCAGAGCAGCCACCACCUGGCCCUUGCAGGCUGCCUUGGCCUGAGUCCCCACUACUCUGCCCUGAGAGCCUGAGGGGCAGGUAGUCCUGGCUGGGUACAGAGCUUAGGCCAUUGACCCUCCUGGGGCUCCUCCCACCCUGCUUUUCAAGGUCAGGUGGCUGAGAAAUAGUGGGAAGGGACUAUAGAAUAGGGUGUAAGCUCUAGCCAUUUUUCUGAGUGUGGCCAACACUGGCCAGCUUGUCCGCCUGAAUCAGUUCUCCUGCCCUCCUCACAGGGAAAAGCCUCUCAGAGCUAUUUCUGAGAACCCUGUUUGGGUUCCUGUUCUCAGCUCAGGGCGAGGACCUGCUGAAGUGUCCCUUGGGGAGCCUUCUCUCCUGUAAUGCUAAUGAGCCAGGGGUGGAGGGAUUGGGAAGGCCCGUUUGCUUUUCUGGUCUUUGCAAAGACCCAGCCCAGGUCCCAGCAAUCUGUGGAGUCUGUGGCCGCUCAAGUUCAGCCAGGUAACACCCCAUGUCUGCUUAGCAGGCACACAGAGGACCUCAGGAGGACAGGCAGAGGCCUUCUGGAAAGUCCCAUCAAUUCUAAGAUGGGAGGCAUGGCCGGCUUGGCUUAUCCACCUGUAUUUGGGUGUGUAUGAGACACUGUGAACUCCUAGUACAGAUCAGGGUGGGAGGCUUGUUCCUCACAGGCACAGCCAAACUGGGACAAGGUGGGGAACUGGACUGGCAAAGGCUGCGGGGACUAGGAGGCCAUGAGGGGGACAGAGGCCUAGUUGGCAGUCCUGUGGCCUCUUUAGUGCCUGAAUGCCAGCCCAGUGUGUGGGGCAAGGAAUAGAAGGAGCCAGCCCAAGGCAUGGCUCGGGCAAGGGCCUCGUAGAGGUGUGGUUUUUCGGGGGAUUAGGCAUCCCAGUGCUAUCGCAGCAUGGACCUGCCUGUGACUGUCCCAUGCACCAGCUGAGCCUUGCAGCCUAGAGGAACCAGGCAGCUGAGAAGACUGGCGUGUUCCUCAGUCAUGCUGGGAGCUGGUGCCACAAACCUUGUGGCAUUGUCACUGUGGGCCCUUUAUUACUGGGGGUGCCACCUCUACUGGUUUGUCUCCAGAACCUUCCGUCAUCUUGCUGUCCCAACCUGGUUCUUCAUCUGUUAUCUCUGCGAAUGGGGGGCCUAGCCUGGGCAGAUGUGGGGGUAUCCUGGGGGUCAUAGGCUAAGCAACGCCUUCCCCUUCUCCCACACAGGUCUUACCCCCAAUCCCUGUGAGCACCGUAUCCCUCAGUUUGCCCAAAGUGAGACAUUUACAAAAAUAAUAAAAAUAAUUUUUUAAAGAGCAGAGCAAGAAGUGUUUUUAUGGCUGUUGGAAAUGACUGUCAUGUCACUUUUGUGGUCUGCGUUUUCUUUGGAUAUUUUCUGUAUGUAACUGUAGUUUAAAAAAAAUAUUCCAAA